AUACUGAAAGAAAUCCAGGAGCUCGGUCCUGAUCCACGUCAAUAACUGAACAUCGCCCGAGGAUUAUCUGAAUUACCCACUGAACUGAAAGUUGUUCAACAGAAACACAAGGAUACUCUGCGGACACAAACUGAAACAAUGAGAGUGAACGCCAUCCUGAUGAGAGAGAAGGUGAAGGUUUUACAGCUGGUUGAUCGAUACGCUGAGCUCACGGUCAUUUCCACUGUUCGAGAUCGGAGACUUGUGGAACACGAGCUGCUGGCAAGAGGCCGGGAGCACGAAAAGUGGAGAAAAGAACAUCUCCGUGGAGAGCUGGAAAAAAUCCGGAGUGAUCAAUUGUUCGAGAGCAGUUUUUCCCGGAGGAAAUCCAAAUCUGGGAGUUCGGCAGCAGUGGCCGGAGUCCCGGGGAUCGGGAAAACAACCAUGGUGCAAAAGAUUGUUUAUGACUGGGCCACCGGGAAAAUAUACCAACAAUUUCAAUUUGUCUUCAGAUUCAAGUUCCGGGAUUUAAACACGAUUAAUUGCACAAUAAACCUGUGGAACCUGGUGGUAUGUUUUUAUCCUUACCUGAGGGAUGUUCUGAAGAAGCUGUGGGAGAACCCAGAGCGUUUGCUGUUUAUAUUCGAUGGUUUGGAUGAAUUCAAGGACAGAAUCGAUUUCGCUGACAGUCGGAGAGACACAGGAACUCAGCACAUGUGCACAGAUCCUGAAUUCCGGUGUAAAGUGUCCGACAUUGUGUGCAGUUUAAUCCAGCACAAGCUGCUCCCAGGGUGUUCAGUGCUGGUGACCACCCGCCCCACUGCGUUACAAUUAUUGGAAAAGGCGGAGAUCAGUGUCUGGGCUGAAAUCCUGGGAUUUGUCGGUGAGGAACGGAAGGAAUAUUUCCACAGGUUUUUUGAAGAUCAGACGGUGGCAGAAGCUGUUUUCAAACAUGUGGAGGAGAACGAGAUCCUGUACACCAUGAGCUACAACCCCUCCUACUGCUGCAUCCUCGGUCUGACACUGGGCCCCUUCUUCACAAAAAAACAGAGGGACCAGCAGCGAGUUCCCAAGACCAUCACCCAACUGUAUUCCUACUAUAUUUACAACAUACUGAAAAACCACAGCCGUGAGAUUGAAAGCCGCCGUGAUGUGUUACUGAGUAAGUACAAUCUGCAACCUUCCCAGUUCCUGUCCGGAUUCCUGAUGGAACUUUUGGAGAAGGAGGAUUGUGCCCGGAGUGUGGUGUACACAUUCCCACACCUCACCAUCCAGGAGUUUUUAGCUGCACUCGCACAAGUCCUGACUACAGUUACCGGGGAUAUCACGAAAUGCCUCACCGAAGCCCACAGCACGACGGACGGGCGAUUUGAGGUAUUUCUCCGCUUUGUGGCUGGUCUCUCAUCGCCAGGGUCAGCUCGGGGCCUGGAGGAGUUUCUAGGUCCAUUUCCCAUUCAAACAACCUGCCAAGUGAUUGACUGGGUGAGGGAGAUGAUUAAAUAUCACAUUGGAAACACAGGGAGGGAAGCUGGUGAAAGAAGCCUCCUAAACACACUACACUACCUGUUUGAGGCUCAGAACCGAGGACUGGCUCAGGCCACACUGGGACCUGUGGAAGCUCUUUCAUUCCGUGGAUUGCGACUGACCCCCAUUGACUGCGCCGUCCUGUCUCAUGUCAUCGGGUACUGUGAUGUAAUAAAUCACCUUGAUCUGUGGAACUGCCACAUUGGGUGUGAAGGGCUCCAGCGGCUGGGACCCGGGCUGUACAAGUUCCAGGAGCUGAGCCUUGGGAACAAUGAUCUGGGAGACUCGGGGGUGAAACUGGUGUCUGCGGCUCUGAGGGACCCGGAGUGUCAAAUACAGAAACUGAGGCUAGGGAAUGUCGGUCUCACAGUUUCUGGUGCCGACGGUCUCGCCUCCGCUCUGAGUACACGCCGAUCAAUGACAGAGCUGGACUUGUGUUAUAAUAAACUGGGAGACUCGGGAGUGAAACUGGUGUCUGAGGCUCUGAGGGAAUCGGAGUGUAAAAUACAGAGACUGGGGCUGAAAUGUGUCGGCCUCACAGAUUCUGGUGUCGAGGCUGUUUUUCCGCUCUCAGCACAAACUGCUGAAUGA